CUAUCCUUUUGAAAGGAACAGCUAGUCAACAGGAGCAACACAAGAAACCUCAUUGCCCCUUUUAACUAAUUCCUUGAUCUGGUGCGCACCCAGACUUUUCUUAUCUGUUGAGUGCCUUAAAGUCUCAAAUCUUCUUUGAUACCACAAUGCCAUAGAAGAAUAGAGCUUAUGACUCAUGAUUUGGUAUCUUUCCUUCAAUAUGUAGAAACCAAGGUUCUUCUUUUGAUGUUGCAGCCUUGGAAUACCCAAAAAAGCCGUUUAAUUUGACACAUUGUUUGAUAGUUUGUUGUGGGCUAGGUUCAUUUCUUUAUCUCAUGGACUCCAUCUUUUCUCUGAUUUUGAUAGUAGUUACCUUGGGGUCAUCAACAUUGCUGGGAUCUAAAGCUCAGAGUAUCAAAUCAGCUCAUCUUCUUGAUCUCUACAUCAGAGAUUACACGUUCAAGUCAUUGGACAAACACUUCAGAACAGGCGUAAUACAAUCGGUGAAUUUACCUGCAAACCUAUCUGGCAUCAGAGUUGAUACAGUAAGGUUACGGUGUGGCAGUUUGCGGAGAUAUGGUGCUCACUUAAAGGAAUUCCAUCUGGGUUCAGGUGUGGUUGUGCAUCCAUGUAUUGAGAGGGUCCUGCUGAUAAGGCAGAAUUUGGGGUAUAACUGGUCUGCUAUUUAUUAUGCUAACUAUGAUCUCUCUGGAUAUGAGCUUGUUUCGCCAGUUGUGGGUCUCCUAGCUUACAAUGCUGACGAAGAUGUAAAUUCCAUGAACCCUUUUCAACUCGGAAUUGUUGCUGGAGAAAAGCCCCUGACAAUUGAUUUUACCAACAUUACUAGGUUUACAAAUGCAGAUGGAAUUAUACCCUUCUGCGCGAGUUUUGAAGGAGAUGGAAGGAUGACAUUGGCAAAACCAUCAUCACCACAUGUUUGUGUUGCAAAGAGGCAUGGCCAUUUUGGUUUGGUUAUUGCAUCCCCUCCGGAGCAGUUCAAAAAGCGAAUUAGUCAGUGGAAAGUGGCGGUUGGGAGUACCAUUGGUGCUGCACUGGGUGCUUUUCUUCUCGGUUUGCUUCUGGUGGCCAUGCUUGUUAGAGUAAAGAAGAGAUCGAGAAUGGAAGCUUUGGAGAGGAGGGCAUAUGAAGAGGAAGCCCUUCAGGUUUCAAUGGUUGGCCAUGUUAGGGCUCCCACAGCAUCUGGCACUCGAACGACGCCAAUAAUUGAGCAUGAGUAUAUACCUCCUCCCCGUUGAAGUGUUUCAUCUUGUUGAUCAAUCAAUUUUGUAACAUUACGAUGACAUUCAAUCAAGUUGUUAACAGGCCAGGACUAAAUUUGUAUUAGUUUCUACGAAAGUUUGCGUAGAUUUUGUUCUUCUAAGCAAAGGGUUUCAGUCCUGAACCCUCCUGACUCAUUAUUCUUUCUAUUCUCUUGAACUCAGAUGCUUAAACUUUUUGGAGGAUUAAAUUUUUGAAAUCCCAAUAUUUCCUAACCUUCCUGUCAUUACAAUUUGCAGGGAACAUGUGAGAUGUAAGGUUGCCUAUUAGAAUGGUUGGCAUUAUUGGAGAAGACAUGGAUUAACAUGUAUUUGAUUGAUAUGCAUAUGUCGUAUUUCUGAAACAUGUAGGCUGCAAGUUUCUCCUUCCUUUGUGUUUUCACGCAAUUAUGAAAUAUAAAUUAAGGUUCCUGAAGCUGCUGACAUGCACGAUGAUGAUGUUUAUCAAAAGGUCAGAGGAAGCUGCCCUGUAAAGCUUCCUAUGUCUGGACAUCAUGAUGAUUUCUAACACAGCAGUUCUAUAUAGAGUUUGACCAUUGAGUGAAAAAUGGAAGGAGCCAUAUAUGUUAUUGUUGGUGGUCAGAAUAUAUAUUUUACUAUAAUGUUGACUGUCUCUUUAGUAGGAACCAGACAGAUGAAGUUAGAACUAUGGUUCCCUUGUGUUGCCAUAGGAAGCCAGCUUUUGAGGUAAGGGUUAGUUGGUUACAAAUUCACUGGCCAUUAUAUGUUACAAGAAAUGCAUUAGCAGUUAAUAACGGAAAGGAAGUUACAAAUAAAGUACUGCUUUGAGUUACUUCUUUUCCCCUCGAGAACAAAAAACCACCGCCGAUAUCUCGAACAGAAAUGAAAAUAGUGAACUCAAAUGUAUCUGAGCUGGACUACUGCAAGAAAACUCAGCAGUCCAUGCUUGUUUUUAUCUGCUAUUUCUACUCAAUGAUGCUGUGCAGGGGUGCCAAGCAAAGCUUCUUCAGCUGGUUCUACAGUCAACUUCUAAGAAUGUGUAGGGAACUGAUUUCUUUACUC